GCUACGCGGCCGCGGCUGUGGGAGCUGCGCCGGGCCGCUCGGCGCCCAGCCCGCCCGAGGCGGCCGUGCGUGGUGGCCGCGUCCCGAGGCGCGGGGGACGCGCCUGGCGCGGUCCUCGGCCGCCUCCUCCGGCGCCUCCCAGCGCCUGUCCGCCGCCUCCCGUCCUCUCUGCCUGCGGCUCGCCCGGCUUUCGGAGCCCGGGGGCGGCCUGUGGCGCGCCGAGCCCGCGCCGGACUGCGCCUCUUUGGACCUUGAAGGCAACCAUGCGUCUGGCUUGGAGCGUUUGAAAUUCUUAGUUUGGGGUGCCCGCCCGCCUGCCUCUUCCCCGCCCCCCACCCCCUUGCGGGAUUUUUUUUUCUUCUCUUUUUUCUCCCUCCUGGUCUCCUUUUUGACUCCCUCCUCCCCCCUUUAUGCUCGCCCAGCCCUCCCCCCGCUGCUGAGAAGUGGGGGAGGGUCUCGGCUCCCAGGUUCCCGCCCCACCGGGCCGGGCGACCAUGGGGGGCAAGCAGAGCACGGCGGCCCGCUCCCGCGGCCCCUUUUCGGGGGUCUCCACCGAUGACAGCGCCGUGCCCCCGCCGGGAGGGGCGCCCCACUUCGGGCACUACAGGACGGGCGGCGGAGCCAUGGGGCUGCGCAGCCGCUCGGUCAGCUCUGUGGCGGGCAUGGGAAUGGACCCCAGCACGGCCGGCGGGGUGCCCUUUAGUCUCUACACCCCUGCCUCCCGGGGGACCGGCGACUCGGAGAGGGCGCCCGGCGGUGGAGGGUCGGCGUCCGACUCCACCUUUGCCCACGGCAAUGGUUACCAGGAGACUGGCGGCGGUCACCAUAGAGACGGGAUGUUGUACCUGGGCUCCCGAGCCUCGCUGGCGGAUGCUCUACCUCUGCACAUCGCACCCAGGUGGUUCAGCUCGCACAGUGGUUUCAAGUGCCCCAUUUGCUCCAAGUCUGUGGCUUCCGAUGAGAUGGAAAUGCACUUUAUAAUGUGUCUGAGCAAACCUCGCCUCUCCUACAAUGAUGACGUGCUGACGAAAGAUGCAGGGGAGUGUGUGAUCUGUCUGGAAGAGCUGCUUCAAGGGGACACGAUAGCCAGGCUGCCCUGCCUGUGCAUCUACCACAAAAGCUGCAUAGAUUCGUGGUUUGAGGUGAACAGAUCUUGUCCAGAACACCCUGCGGACUGACCCUACCGGGUCUGCUUGCCGACUCCUCUCAAAGGUUUAUUUUAUUUAUUCCAAGUAACCUCCCAGAACAGCUGAUGAUGUCAGACAAAUCAGGGACAUUUGCUCUUUUUACCGUCACCUCAAAAACCAAUGACAAGGGGAGAAGAAAAAGCCAGGGAGAGGGAGCGGAGGCCAGCCCCGGAGCGCAGGUCCAGAUUCCGGCAUGAUGUUUGGCCUUGGGGGUCCCUGUGCAGCCGGACCCUGGCGGGACACAGCGUCCAACCCACAGCCAGACGGAACACGACUCACUCCUUGUGGUCCACACAGGGACAGCAGCCCCUGUCCCCGAGAGGAGGCUCACCGGACACGGGCAGAGCUGAACUUGGGACACCAGUGAGGACAGGGCACACCUUCCGCACCGACUUCCAGGAAGCGGCUCUCCCUCCCUCCCCGAGGACACCAGAAGGGAUGAGAGUGCGUCCGAGAGAAGAGUGAAUCCACCGCGAUCCCUGCCCGCAGCCUGCAGCCCUCGGCCAGGAGGGCAAAGGGCCUUUUCUUUUUCACCUUUGAAAGGCAUUGUGGGUCUGUCUUUAAAGUGUUUACAAAAAAAAAAAAAUUAUUUAAAAAAAAAAACAAGUCUAGUGUCUCCUGGUG